GAGCAUUAGUUUCAAUAAGGUGAUAUAAAAACUUGAAUAUAGCCACCAUUGUGAUUUACUGUGCUAUUGUCAAACUGAUGCAAAAUAUACAAUAUUGUUGUUGGUUAAAUGUAUGUAUGGGUCCACAUCUUUUUUUUUUCUUGUAAACAGUUGUAUGUAGUAAUGUGGAACAAUAAAGAGCGUUUCAAAAGGCGAGCACUCCUCAUCUUUAUCGUCACCUUCGGGUCAUCCGCUGCGCAAAUCCACUAGAUGGCGCCACGGGGAGUCCAGAAUCAUCAGAGAGGCCGCUCAGCUGCUCACUGGGGCCACCGGGGUCGAGCAGCAGGUUCGGCUGUGUUUACACGCAUCGACCGCGAGAUGGGGCCAGAGACCGCAUCGCUCACGUGACGUCACGGUCUUAAAACUAAUAAAUAUAAAUCGACGGUCCAGACGAAGAGCAGACGGAAGAACCGAGCAGAACCUGGAGUCGGGAGCUGAGGCCGGAGUGUCCCCCCGGCACCAGAACAACGAGUCAACAUGGCGGAGCACCGCGUCCGGAACCGCUGAUCCCAGCGGAUCUGAGACACAGAAACACCCGGUCCCGCAGGGACUCGAUGGCGUUCGUGUCCCGGUUCUCCCGGUCCCGGAGCAGCUCCAGAUCUCCGAGCCGGAAGGAUUCGGAGCGGGUCUCGCCGAACCGGAUGUCGGUGUCGGAGCUGGAGCGGCUGCUGUACACCGGGAAAACAGCUGUCAACCACGCGGACGAGGUCUGGCCCAGACUCUACAUCGGGGACCAGGAAAUGGCGUCCGACCGGCGGGAGCUAGUCCGACUGGGAAUCACUCACAUCCUCAACUGUGCUCAGAGCAAGUGGCGCGGUGGCGCAGAGUACUACGCUGGCAUGAACAUCACGUACCACGGCAUCGAGGCGCACGACUCGCCCACCUUCGACAUGAGCGUCAACUUCUACCCCGCAGCUGAGUUCAUCCACAAGGCUCUGACUGGUGGAGGAAAGGUUCUUGUCCACUGCACUGUGGGAGUGAGCCGCUCGGCCACGCUGGUUCUGGCCUACCUGAUGAUCCGACAGAACCUGACACUGGUGGAGGCCAUCCGGACGGUGAAGGACCACCGGGGUGUGACGCCCAACCGUGGCUUCCUGCGUCAGCUCAACGGCUUGGAUGGGAUCUUGAGGGACAGUCGCAGAUCGUCUCUGCAGAACUGAGGUCUGGCCUGGUUCCGAGCAAGUCCAAACCCAGCCGCCACAGGUCUCGUGACCAGAACACCUGAGGUCUCUGAAACUGUGAUGUCAUGCAGUGCCAGACCUUUGUGGUGGUGGUACUGGACCUGGCCCUGGGUUCUCAGCCAGAACUUCCUGGGUCAGAACCGGCAAAGCCACAGUUCUAUCUCGGGUCUCCAGAUUUUCUUCAGCCAGUCUGCUAGCAGUUGUCUCCUUUCUGGUGACGAGGAAGCGUUGCCUGACCACCAUGUUUCGCUGGUUGUCGUCAUGGAGACGUGGCAGAGCAGACUCCUCCUCCUGGAUCUUGCUCACCAUGUGUAGGAGCUCCUCCUGGUGGGACGCUCGGAUCGGGUCGGCUCAGGUGAGAGUCAUGUGGACCAUUCUCCAGACCUGAUGAUUCGAGAACACUCAGGGAGUGCAGACCUCCAUGGCGCUGCACGACCGUUUCACCGCGGUGUCCCAGACCUCCAGAGCAUUACCAACACCUGAACAUACCAGAGCAGAAACUGACACACACUCACUCUCUCUCCUGUUCCAUGUGGUGUAGUACAAUGACGUGUGUCGUGCGUGGCUGUGUCCCCAGGUCUCCACCCUCUGGUCUCUCCUACCUGGAUUUCUGUCCAAUCAUUAUGGAUUAUUUUUCUACCUGGCUCUUCAGUCGAGGCCUUAAACCCCUCUCUCUAUGGAACCUCACUCGUCUUCGAGCCAAUAAAGAAUCCAACUACCUGUCUGGGUGUUCUUCAUUCGUGGUCCAGAGUUUAUGGGUUCUUCUGUUUGUGGAUCUGUUCUUCUCACUAAAAGCUAUAGCCAAAGCUCGCCACUUCCCCCCAGCACAGGACUCUACCACUUAUCACCUUUAUUUGG